AUGGUGUCUUCAACCUCUGUCCAUUCGCCCACGAUGGAUUCCAUCCAGGAAAUCGGGCCCCCCAUCGUCAGUCCUCCCACCGAGAGCCCGCCAGCCUUCAAACGAGUCUCGUACGGCCUCAACAUCGACACCGAAAACACGUCGCCCUCGCCGUCGCCCGCCAUCCGCCGCCUCUCGCGCUCAGACACGGCCGUCCACCGCGAGCCCUUUUCGCCGCUGCGCCGCCGACGAAGCACCCGCGCCGCGACCUUUAGGGCCAUUGACGACACAGACGACUUCGACUUCGAUGCCACGUACACGGAGCGGCCGGGAUGGGAACCGGGCUCUGAGCCGGGGUUUGAUCCUAAUUUACCGGAUGGAGGACAUGCCUCGAUGCCGCAGCUGAGCGCGGACUGCCAGAUUACGGUGGUGGAUUUUUCAAAGGAUAGAAUGGUUAAGAGACAUUUUGAUAAUGAGUCGUUUAUCACGUUUUUGACGCAGCCGAAGGAGAAGUGGGCCAAGUGUCGGUGGAUUAAUGUCAAUGGCUUGAGUUGGGAUGUGAUUCAGGCGGUGGGAGCGCAUAAAGGACUGCAUAAGCUUGCGUUGGAGGAUAUCAUGAAUAUCAGGAACAGGACCAAGGCUGAUUGGUAUCCAAACCACGCCUUCAUCAUCAUGACGCUCCAGAAGCUGGUCCAUCUGGUGGACGACGACGACAGCUCCUCCGACUCGAGCAGCAUACGAUCAAGAAAGUCGGCCACCAAGGUCAAGAACUUCUUCCGCGGGUUCGGCAGCCGCAACGACGACAAGCUCGACAAGCUCAAGAACCCCAGCCCGCCUAUUGAUCCGGAGAAGCGCAUCACUACAAAGUGCCUGACGGAACUAUCAGAGAGCCUCGAGCUGCAGGAAACGUCCAUGGUUCGCACUCUGCAGCGGUACCAUGCCUCUGGCAACGAGACGCGCACCGACUACAUGGAAGCAAACUCCAUCCUUACGCCGCUCAACCUCGCCGUUUCUGCUGAACAAGUCUCCAUCUUCCUCACGGCCGACAACACCGUCAUCUCCUUUUUCGAGGUCUCCGCCGGUGAUGUCGAGCGACCUAUUGUCACGCGUCUGAGCAACCCGGGCACUAUCCUCCGCGAGUCGUGCGACGCCUCGCUCGUUGUGCAGGCUAUUAUUGAUGCUAUUAUCGACUUGGCUAUUCCCCUGACGGCCGUGUACAAUGACGUCUUGGGUGAUUUGGAGCUCGACGUCUUGACCUCGCCCAGCAUCAAGCAGUGCAAGAGCCUUUAUAUCUGCAUCAGCGAGAUUAACAAGAUGCUGCGAUUUCUCAAUCCCAUUGAUAACCUCGUCAACGUCCUGCGCGAUCACAAGACGAAUUUCUCCCAUGAAGAGGCCAUCAAAGAGCUCGAGAACCCAGCGAGUGGUGUCAUCGUCACGCCCAUGACGCAUACGUACUUGGGCGACGUGCUGGAUCACUGCAUCAUCAUCACUGAGGCGCUGCAGCAGUGCAAGCAGUCGAGCGAGAAUUUGAUCAAUCUCAUCUUCAACACCAUCUCGGCGAACCAGAACGAGAGCAUGAAGCAGCUGACGACUGUGACUAUUAUUUUCCUGCCGCUGACGUUUAUUACUGGAUAUUUUGGGCAGAAUUUCCCGGCGGAGAAGUUUCCGGAUGUUGAUCAUGGGAUAUGGUACUUCUGGGCGUGUGCGGUCCCGACGGCUCUUGCUACGAUUCUCAUCUUGAUGCGUGAAAUGAUAUCUUCUUGGUUUGCGACAAUGAGCAAAUGGAAAGCCGAAGAGCCAAAGACUCCAGAUGAGGACGCUCUGAGAGAAGAAGACCUGCAGUAUGGAACCACUGGCUUGACAGAAGAGGAAUUGGCUGCAAAGUAUCCUCACAAGCCCAAGAAUCAUUCCAAGACGCUGAGAUUCUCAGAGCUCUUCAAGGACCUGUUCAAUCCGCUAAAUGAAAACAAGAAGCAGCCGCCAAGCGCUUCCGGCCCAGCCAGCAAAAAGGGUCCCCACGGACUGACCAAACUGUCGCCACAGGAACAGAGACGGCAUAUUGUUGAGCGGUUCAUCACGAGAUGGAGAAAAGAAGUUGGCGAUGAUUUUUAUCCUGCUCUGCGUCUCAUCCUGCCAGACAAGGAUCGCGAUCGCGGCGCCUAUGGGCUGAAGGAGAAUGCCAUAGGCAAGCUCCUGGUGAAGCUGAUGAAGAUUGACAAAAACUCGGAAGAUGGCUACAAUCUUCUACACUGGAAGCUGCCUGGCCAAACCACAGGAGCACGUCUAGCUGGCGAUUUUGCCGGUCGAUGUUUUGAAGUCAUCUCAAAACGCCCAAUGCGCACCCAGGUGGGCAACAUGACCGUUGCAGAAGUCAACCACGAGUUGGAUAGACUGGCUGCGUCGGCUGGAGAAGCUGAGAAUCUGCGCAUCUUUGAGACUUUCUACAAUCGCAUGAAUGCCGAGGAGCUUAUGUGGCUCAUUCGUAUCAUCCUGAAACAAAUGAAAGUCGGUGCUACGGAAAAGACCUUCCUGUACUUAUGGCACCCCGAUGGUGAAACUCUCUUCAGUGUGUCUUCAAGUCUGAGGCGCGUAUGCUGGGAACUCUACGAUCCCGAAUUCAGGCUUGAACAGGAUGAUGCUGGUAUCGCGCCGAUGCAGUGCCUCCAGCCGCAGCUUGCUCAAUUCCAAAUGCCAGCGUCGUUCCAAAAGAUGAUUGAACUCCUUCGACCCACGGAAGAUGACCCUGAAUUCUGGAUAGAAGAAAAAUUAGACGGCGAACGUAUGCAGAUGCACAUGGUUGAGGAUGCCGACCACCCUGGUGGACGAAGAUUCUGCUUCUGGUCGAGAAAGGCCAAGGAUUACACGUACCUAUACGGUAAUGGCCUGCUGGAUGAAAACUCUAGCUUGACGAGGCAUCUUAAAAAUGCAUUUGCAUCUGGUGUGCGAAAUCUGAUUCUAGACGGCGAGAUGAUUACUUGGGACAUGGCAGUGGACAAGAUUGUCCCUUUUGGUACUCUGAAGACGGCCGCCCUUGCAGAGCAGAGCAACAAGUCCGAAUCGAACGCAGCCGGCCACCGUCCCUUAUUUCGAGUCUUUGACAUACUGUAUCUGAACGACAAGCAGCUUACACAGUACACUCUGCGCGACCGACGGAAUGCUUUGAGCAAGGCAGUCAAGUCGGUACAUCGACGGCUAGAAGUUCACGAGUAUACACGCGCCACUUCAGCCGAUGCUAUUGAGCCGCUUCUAAGAGAAGUGGUCGCGAAUGCAUCAGAAGGCCUCGUAUUAAAGAACCCUCGAUCCAUGUAUCGCCUCAACAGCCGCAACGACGACUGGCUGAAGGUGAAGCCAGAAUACAUGUCCGAAUUCGGCGAGUCUCUCGAUUGUGUCAUUAUUGGUGGCUACUACGGCUCCGGAAAGCGAGGAGGAUUCUUAUCUAGCUUCCUGUGUGGUCUUCGUGUGACGCAGAACCAUAUUCAGGCUGGCGCCAACCCGGAAAAGUGCUUUAGCUUCUUCAAAGUCGGCGGUGGCUUUCGAACCGAGGAUUAUGCUGAGAUACGGCAUCGCACCGACGGCAAAUGGAUGGAGUGGGAUCCUAAAAACCCGCCAUCAGAGUACGUGGAGCUGGGUGGCGGCGAUGCCAAGCAGUAUGAACGACCCGAUAUGUGGAUUCGACCGAAAGACUCUGUCGUUGUCUCUGUAAAAGCGGCCAGCGUUGGCCCUUCGGACCAGUUUGCUCGGGGCUUUACGCUGCGGUUCCCUCGAUUUCGAAGACUACGGCUCGACCGCAGCUGGGACACGGCGUUGUCUCUAGAAGAGUUUCAAGAGCUUAAACAGAGAGUGGAGACCGAGUUGAAGCAAAUGGAGAUGACUGUGGAGGAUCGCAGAAGGAAGAAUCCAAAACGGAUAAAGAAGGAGCUUGUCAUUGCGGGCGAUGAUGCGGCGCCCCCUGAAUUCGAAGGAGCAAAGUCAAAGCUGUUUGAAAGACUGGAGUUUUGCGUGCUAUCCGAGUCGUUGAAGCCAUAUAAGAAGACAAAGGCGCAGUUGGAAUCGAUCAUUAAAGAAAACGGGGGCUCCAUCUCGCAAAGGGCUGCUGCGGGGACCAAGAUGGUUCUCAUAGGAGAUAAGAAAGUGGUCAAGGUUGCCAGUCUCAUGAAAGAGGGGGACGUUGAUAUUAUUCGGCCUAUAUGGAUCAAAGACUGCUUGGAUCAGCCUAAUGGAGGAUUUUUACUGCCGUACGAGGAAAGACAUUUGUUUCAUGCCACGGAUGGCUUGAUCGACAGUGCUUCUCUGAAUACAGAUCCAUUGGGCGACAGCUACGCCCGAGAUACCUCUGUGGACGAGCUACGAGAGGUACUCCGAAACAUGCCCAAGCUCGAGGACACAGAGUCAUUUGAUAAGACGCUGUUUUUGGAUCAACUGGAACAGCACGGGAAAGACUUUACGACUUUGCGAAACUUCAUGUUUUCCCAAUGCAGAGUGCUGUUUUACCUCGCGGACGGGGCAAUGGAGAGUGUAAAAGACAAGUGGGAGCGAUUUAUCCGGUACGGGGGCGGUUCGUGCAGCCAGGAUCUGGAGGACCAGAGUGUUACGCAUAUUGUCGUGCUGGGGGAUGAUCCUAUGGAGGUUGGGGAUGUGGGGGACAAGUUGAGGCGGAGGCUUAGCGAGAGGAGGAGGAUGCCUCGGUUGGUGAGGGCGCGGUGGGUGGAGGAGAGUUGGGGGGAGAGGACGGUGUUGGAUGAGGAGAGGUAUGUUGUAUAA